AUGCACGCGAGCAUGGACACCCUCUCGAGUGACCAGCUGGUGGAAGGCCUCACCCAGGUGAUCAUCGACGUCGAGGCGGUGGCGGCGUGCGAGAUGGCCCGCGGCAUCGGCAGGUCGCGACGGGUCUACGCAGAGUGGGCUCGACGCGCGUGGCGCAAGAACCCAGGACGGCUUGGCGCCCUCGCCCAGAUCCUUCAGCACUGCAAGAAGGUGCAGGCCUGGCCACUCCAACUCACGGCCACGCUCUCGGCCUUGGCGCCGAAGCCGUCUGGAGAAGGAGACCACGUGCUGGGCAUGGCGCCGCUGGUCGUCAAGCUCUGGUCAAGGGCCCGCCAGACGUUCACCAGCCAGUGGUGCUCCAAGCGCGCGGCGCUCUGGGACCUGGCGAUCCGAGGAUCGUCUGCGAUCCGAGCUGCGCUGCUCCGAGCGACCCCGGAUGACGCGGCGCAGGAGCAGGACCUGAGCUUCCUCGUCCUCCUCCUCGACAUUGAGAAGUGUUACGACAAUGUCUCGCUGGUGGGCCUCCUUCGGAUCGGGCUGGACUUCGGCUUCAGCCCCACCGCCAUGGGCCUGGAGGUGAAGGUCUACCUUCGCCCUCGGUACCUACGUGAGCGAGGGUGGAUCAGCGAGGCCAUCUUCCCUGCCCGCAGUAUCGUGGCUGGUUCCUCGCAUGGGGCACCGUUUUCCAAGCUCGCGCUCUACCCGAUAUUGGAGCGCGUGCAUCAGGCAGCCCCUUCGGCAGGCCUGUGGACGUUCACCGACACCAACGGGAGGUGCGAGGGGACGGCCAAGUCGGCGCUCGCCAUCAUGGACAUCAUCGGCACGACGCUCGAACAAGGACAGAGGCAGAGUCGGUCGGUGGUCUCCUGGACGUCUGUGCUCGUCGGCUCGACCCCGCAGCUGGCCCGCAUCGCUGCCGGCAGACUCCGCGCCCGUGGAGUGCCAGUCAGGGAGGCGAAGUCGGGGGUUGACCCGCACGUGGAUUGUGCUGCUGCGAGACGCCGUGGCUCUGCCAAGGCCCUGAUUGGCAGGAGCACGACGACGGGCUGGCAAGAUCCAGAGGCUCCGGCGCUCG